GGGCUGAACUCAAAGUCAGGAUGCGGUUCCGAGGGAAUGGACAAUUUGCAUCCGCAGUCGGACUGGUCCUCGGACUAUUAUGCGCGGUGGAGGCAGCUAAAGUCAAUAAGCACAAACCGUGGAUCGAGACAACAUACCAUGGGAUUGUGACGGAGAACGAUGACAAAGUUAUUCUGGACCCCCCUCUAAUUGCGCUGGACAAAGACGCACCUUUACGCUACGCAGAGAGUUUUGAGGUGACCCUCACCGAAGAAGGUGAGAUUUGCGGCUUCAGGAUCCACGGGCAGAACGUCCCCUUCGAGGCAGUGGUCCUGGACAAGUCCACUGGUGAGGGGGUCAUCAGGGCCAAGGAGAAGCUUGACUGUGAGCUGCAGAAGGAGCACACCUUCACCAUCCAGGCCUACGACUGUGGAGAGGGACCUGAUGGCGCCAACAUGAAGAAAUCACACAAGGCGACCGUCCACAUCCAGGUGAACGACAUCAACGAGUAUUCCCCGGUGUUCAAGGAGAAGACGUACAAAGCCACCGUGAUCGAGGGGAAGAAAUACGACAACAUCCUGAAGGUGGAUGCGGUGGAUGCCGACUGCUCCUUCCAGUUCAGCCAAAUCUGCAGCUAUGAAAUUGUCACGCCCGACGUUCCCUUCACUAUCGACAAAGACGGCUUUAUUAAAAACACUGAGAAGCUGAGCUACGGCAAAGAGCACAUGUACAAGUUGACCGUGACCGCCUACGACUGCGGGAAGAACCGAGCUUCUGAAGAUGUGUUGGUCAAAAUCAGCAUAAAGCCCACCUGCAGACCCAGCUGGCAAGGCUUCAAUAAGAGGACUGAGUAUGAACCGGGCACCGGUAGCCUGGCUCUUUUCCCCAGCAUGCACCUGGAGACCUGCGAUGUGCCCAUCACCUCCGUCCGGGCCAGUAUUGAACUGGAAACCAACCACAUUGGAAAGGGCUGUGACCGUGACACGUACUCUGAGAAGUCACUGCACAAGCUGUGUGGAGCCAGCUCCGGUACCGUGGAGCUUCUUCCUGCUCCGAGCAGCUCUGCCAACUGGACGGUGGGACUGCCCACUGAUAAUGGACACGAUAGCGACCAGGUGUUUGAGUUCAACGGCACCCAGGCCAUCAAGGUGCCCGAUGGUUUGGUGAACACCAACCUGAAGGAGCCCUUCACCAUCUCUGUGUGGAUGAGGCACGGACCCGGCUCCCACGAAAAGGAGACGAUCCUCUGCAACUCAGACAAAACAGAUAUGAACAGACACCACUACUCCCUCUACGUUCACAACUGUAGGCUAAUCCUUCUCCUCCGCCAGGAUCCAUCCGAGGCAGAGAACUACAAACCAGCAGAGUUCCACUGGAAACUGGACCAGGUGUGUGACAAAGAGUGGCAUCAUUAUGUGCUCAACGUGGAGUUCCCCACAGUUUCUCUGUUUGUGGAUGGGACGUCCUUCGAGCCCUUCAUGGUCACAGAGGAUUACCCACUGCACCCCUCUAAGAUCGAGACUCAGCUCACAGUUGGUGCCUGCUGGCAAGAAAACUCGGGACAUGACAAUGACACUGAGGCGGCCCCUGAGACCACCUCAGGCGGGAAUGCCCGAAUGGCUCAGUUUUUCCGAGGAAACCUUGCAGGCCUGAUCAUCCGCUCCGGCAAGCUGGAGAACAAGAAGGUGAUCGACUGUUUGUACACCUGCAAAGAAGGCCUGGAUGUGCAGCUGCCUGAGGAAGUAGCUUCAGCGGUGAAGGUUGAUUUCAACCCCAACCAGUCCUCUUUGACAGUGGAAGGUGACGACAUCGACGCCUUUGACAAAGUCAUGCAGCACAUCUCCUACUUAAACUCCCGCCAGUUCCCAACCCCAGGCAUUAGGCACCUUCGCAUCUCCACCACUGUUAAGUGUUUGAACGAGGACGCCUGUGUGGGGGUGCCGGACGCUGAAGGCUACGUGAUGGUGCUGCAGCCCGAGGAGCCGAAGAUCAGCCUGAGCGGCAUCGACCACUUCGCCCGCAGCGCCGCUGAAUUCGAGAGCCAGGAAGGUGUGACUCUGUUCCCCGAGCUUCGCAUCGUCAGCACCAUCACCCGGGAAAUGGAGGCCGACGCAGAGUCUGAAGCAGCAGAAGGCACUGACGAUGACCCUACAGUUCAAGAGACAGUUGUGUCAGAGGAGAUCAUGCACAACUUGGACUCGUGUGAAGUGUCUGUGGUGGGAGAUGAGCUGGACAGCGAGCAUGAGAGCCUGGAGGUGGACGUCUCUCAGCUGCAGCAACGCGCCCUGGAGAUGAGCUCAUCUAACCUGGGCCUCGUCAUCACCGGUGUGAACACUAUGGCCAACUAUGAGCAGGUCCUGCACCUCAUCCGCUACAAGAACUGGCACACCGAAGCGCUCUUUGACAGGAAAUUCAAGCUGGUCUGCUCUGAACUCAACGGUCGCUACAUCAGCAACGACUUCAAGGUUGAGGUUAAUGUGAUCCACACGUCCAAUCCUGUAGAGCACGCCAACAACGCCAUGGUGCAGCCCAACUUCAUCAACCCUGUCCAUCAUGCCUCUGUCGAUCUGUCUGGUCACAACCUGGUCAACGCUCACCAGGCUUCAGUGGUUCCCAGCGCUGCCACCAUUGUCAUUGUGGUGUGUGUGAGCUUCCUGGUGUUCAUGAUUAUCCUGGGCGUGUUCCGCAUCCGAGCUGCACACCAGCGAACCAUGAGAGACCAGGAGAGCGGCAAGGAGAACGAGAUGGACUGGGACGACUCGGCCCUGACCAUCACAGUUAACCCCAUGGAGACGUACGAGGACCAACACAGCAGCGAGGAGGAGGAGGAAGAGGAGGAGGACAGCGAGGACGGGGAGGAGGAAGACGACAUCACGAGCGCUGAGUCAGAAAGCAGCGAGGACGAGGAGGGCGGUGAGCCAGAAGACCAGCAGGGGACCAGCAGACAGCAGCAGCUGGAGUGGGACGACUCCACCCUCACCUACUGAGACACACCAAGCCCCCCCACACAUGCUCUGACACACACACACAUACCCGUCACCGCUUUACGCACCUCUCCAUGCAGUUUCUUGUCUAGGAGCCAUGAUAUAUAUAAAUAUAUAUAUAAAACAAAAUAAAAAAAGAAAAACGACGACAAAAGAAUAAAUAAAGUAUAGAAGAGUCUUCAGCGUUUAGGGUCAAGGCUUUCCUGUUGUUAUCUUUGUGGUGGUACUCAGUGUAGUGUAGUCAUCACCGGUUUGCUGAUUUUUACUUUAUGGUUUUUAUUUAUUAUACUUUUUAAUUCCCUGGAAAACUUGGCCUACAUUUCUUCUGGAGUGUGUGAGGAAGCCAGCCCUGCACUUUCUGUUCUCUGUCAGGCUUUCGCGCGGAGAUUCGUUCAGAUUUCCCGACCUAUAUCCUUUGGCUUACCGCUUUUAGGGUCUCUUGCCAUGACUUCGGUUUUCUUGAUUGUAGUCCACAGUGGAGCAGUUUUAUCGAAGUAGCCUGCAAUCUCUCUCUCUCUCUCUCUUUUUUUGUUGUUUUUUUUUCUUGUUUUAGUGCAUGAGGAAAACUUGGGAAGUCUUACAUGUAGAGAAAUGAAUUGCUUUUUAAAGAUUUUUUUUGUAAAUAUAAAUACAAUGUAAUUAGUCAAUGUGUUUAGUGAAAGCCCGCUCAGCAGGGCUCGAUACCUUAAAAAAAAAAAAGAAAAGAAAAACAUGCCGUAUGUAAUGUAGAAUAUUUGUGUCACCGCAGGCUGUAGCAUGUUGCUGAAUUUCUGCUGAAGCUGUUCCAUCGUGCUUUUCCCAAAAGUCUGCCUCGUGAUGAGAAACCCAGGACUGUUAACGCGGAGGUUUCCAUGACAAAGUGCUGUCCGAGUUUUGACGUUUUCUUUCGAUCGUUUCUUUUUUUCUCUCCCUUUUUUUUUCUGCGAGAAGUGAAAUCGGUUCCCGUGCUUUUCUCGUGAGCAGGAUGAUUUGACAGCUUUUCGCUCUGUUACUACCGAGGACCAAAAGCGCCACAAUCUGAAAAAUAAAUCAUUUCUCAAAUCUUUUUAUGCAAUACUGACUUAAUAAGCAAAAUUUGGAUUGACAUACAAAGAAGAAAUGUCAAUAAAUUAAUGAUUGCAUAAUUAAAUGUGUAAAUUAUUGAUUUUAAAUUUCAUAACACAUUAAAAUCAGACAAGAAUUUUAUAAUUUUAUUGAAUUGUUUCAGAUUUUCUGUCAUCAUGAAAUAACUUACUGUUGUAAAAGAUACUCUAACAUCUGAUUGGUCGGCCCGCACCACAGUUUCAGCCUAACACAAUGAAUCAGUCAGAAGUUGUUAUAUUUUUUAAAAUCUAACUUCUUAUCAGAUGCUUUUAAACAACCAACCCAAAGCUAUUUUGUAUCAUAACUGAUGCAUUAGCCGCUUGUGUUUGUUUAUUUGUUCUAUUGCCUUAAAACCAAUUGCCACCAUAGGACUUUGAAAUAUUUCAAUAAAUAUUGAAAUACUUCAUAUUUUUAACAUUGUGAAUUCAGAUAUUAAUCAACCAUCUCCACAUUUAAUUAUGCUUCAUAUAACAUUGUAAUAUUGAAAUAAUUACAGCUAAAUCACUUCCUUUGUCUCAUGUUACUUAAAUGAUUAAGACAUAUACAUAUUUAAUAAAUGACUUAUUUAUUGAAUCGUGGUGUUUUUGGCCCAUCAAUGCGUCACGCUUUGCUCCGCUUGCACAGGUGGCAAUGCUCGACUCCUGGCGUUCCCGGUAGAACUCGUCGUUGUACAGAAGGAAUCUUUUUAUUUUAUUUUUCAGAUCGGCUGCGCUUAUUUCACAACAUUUGUUUCUUUUUGCGAACGGCAGGAAAGCAAGGCUGCGAGAUUUUGAAACGGAGGUCCUGAACUUCCUGCAGUUUGGACCAGCAGAGAUUUGUCGGGUUGUUUUUCAGAGAGAAAAAUGUAUUUUUUCUCCACAGUACGGCUGUUUAAUCCUAAAACGAUCAUGUGUUUAUUCUGUGCAUUUUUAACCUAUUCUCCAGCUCCGACCCGCAUCACGGAUUUUCAGCAGGAAAACACUUUAAAAAUAACUUCUUUUUUUCUUCACAAUAGACCACUAGACUUUAUUGUUCAUGGAAUCACACUGGUAGAGUUGUUCCUACAUAUUUGUUCACAUUUGGUAAACUUAAUUUUCCUGCUGGAAUUUAGUAUAAAAUAUACUAUCGAUUGGGAAAAUGUGACGAGCCUGUCUCCUCUCAGACACUGUUGUCCGUCACUGUUGUGUAUGUACAUAUAUAUAAAUAUAUUUGUCUUACAAAAUCAGAAGAUGACGAUCCUUUGCUCUUUACUCUAAUGUGAAGGUACUAAAAGCUGCAUUAAUUACUAGCAGAUUUUUGGCAUUGCAUGGCACAGAAGCAGCGUUUACAAAAAGCAUUAGUGGCUGGAUUUUGGUUCUUUUUCUUUUUCUUUUUUAUGCAUGAGUCUGUUUUCAGAGGCCAAAUCUGAUUUUCUUUAUGGGGACAGAGCUUUCUUUUAAAGAGUUGAUUUUUUGUUUCUAAUCUCCAGUUAAUUGCUUAACGACCAGUCUCCCUUCCAUGAUGACACGUAAAGCACGGGGCCAGGUCUGAGCCAGCUGAGGUGGGGAGUGCCUUUUCGCCAACCGUUGCAAAAUUAGCAGGUCUAACAAAAAACAAAAAACAUUUAUCCACUCUCUUUUAUUUGUGACAUUUUUUUAUUAUUGUUUGAUGCUAGAUUUCUUACAAAGCUGAGAUGGGUUUUUUUUCAGCUUGUAGUGACUGUAGUCCACUGCUAGUUUUAUUGAAACUACAAACAUUCUACAUUAGAUGUCAUGUGUCCUUGUUGAUGUGUAGAGAAAGUAGAUCCAUAUUGUAUCUUCUAUAGAUAUUGUACUGAAUCCACCUUUAAAUGAUGUACAGUACAUGAAGAAAUCGCUUUGGCAGCAUAAUGUGGGCGUACUAAUAAAUUUUGCUGUCUGUGUACAGUGGAAGGUGAUUUUUUUUUUUUCUUUUUUUGAACCUUGUCCCAUCGUCAGAGCUGUUGAGAAGUGAUUCUGAGGGCAGCAUGAGUUUUACGCAGUCGCAGUAAGGCCUGCCAUCUCCAAAACUCGCAUCUUCAUCGUGUCACAGUUCAAAGUCCAGUUCAAAAGUCAGUAAUGCUUUCAACACAAGUCUCUGCCGUUACUCCAACCCCCUUAAUACGAGUCACUUCUUGCCAUAAAACGCAGCCAGGCCGUAGCGCCCCUACUAGGAAUCGGCUUUGCAUGAGCCACACGUUUGUGAAUGUCCCGUGUGGGGUUGAGACGGAGAAAGGAGUCUGUGACGCACUACUGAUUCUCGAGAUUGUCUUGUUUCACACAUCCAUCACCCUCCAGACCAGAUUGUCGUUUUUUAUUUUUAUUUUUUUGCUGUUUCCUUUAAAAUGUUGUUCAAAUGGACAAACGGUUGUGAUGUCUGCAUAAAAAUGUUGGAUGCUUCCUUUGUUGCUCGUUGGAGCCGCUCUCACUUUCCUAGCAGCCGGAAGGCGGGUUGUAGCCAAGUCGACGCUCGCUCUUAAACGAAAUAAAGGAUGAACUGAUGGGAUGUAAACA